AAUGUAUUAUUGUAUUGUAUUGGCACGAAAAGUAGCGUUUAGUACGUGGCAGUUGACCGUUAUUAAAUAAAAUAAAAUAAAAUAAAAUAAAAAUAAGAAUUCACGGAAACUAAAAGAAAGAAAAAGAUAUUUGUAGAAUAAUCCUUCCGUGGUCCUUUGGGACCAAUUUGACCUCAUCCCCAAACACGGAAUCGGCAUUCCUUUUGGAAAGAUCCUUCCGCUUCCUGCGAGGUUGCUUCGGAAGAUUCACGCAGACGCCGCCCCAACCCCGAAGAGUAUAUAAACUAAAAUCAGUUCCCCAUAUCGACCAAAAUAACCAAAACUCAGAGUAAUUUCACAAGCUUCUUUUUCUUCUUCCCAAAUCCAAUCUCGAAUUGAACUGAAUUGAAUGGAGAUCAACAAGUUCGAGCGUGUAUUGAGUUACUUCGACGAAGAUGGAGACGGCAAGAUCUCGCCGUCGGAGCUGAGGAAUCGGCUCGGGCUGAUGGGCGGAGAGCUGUUGCCGGCGGAGGCAGAGCUGGCGGUGGAAUCGCUGGACUCCGACGGAGACGGAUUGCUGUGCGUCGGCGAUCUCGCACGGCUACUGGACGUCGGAGAGGACGAGAAAUUAAAGGAUCUGAAAGAGGCUUUCGCGAUGUACGAUGCGGAAGGCUGCGGAUUCAUAACUCCCAAGGGAUUGAAGAGAAUGCUCAGAAAAUUGGGGGAACGGAAAUCCACGAAGGAGUGCAAAGCCAUGAUUUGUCGCUUCGAUUUGAACGGCGACGGUCUGAUUAGCUUCGAGGAGUUUCAGAUCAUGAUGGCCUGAAACUCAACUCAUCCAUGGCGUACAUAUAACUUCAUUUUUUGGGUUUUCUGAUUGAUUUCUUUGUUUGGAUCUUAAUUCUUCGAUUCAUUUGAUUCAUUUAAUGGGGACAUUUAAUUACACAUUUUUAUUUAUUGUACAAAAUACAGUAUACAGAGAGUUCUGAGAUAUUUGGGUUUAGAAUAUUUUAUUUUAUGUCAUGAUCUAUUCUUUC